CGACGAUAUCUUCACUUUUCAUGGGGAUUUCUGACUCAGGUAGCAUUCUCAGCCUUCAACCAGUCCACGUUUGAUCUCACAAUAUUGGAUUGGUAAUUGCUGGAUAGAGUCAUGGACAGCGCAGACGAUUGGCCGAAAGAUUUUCAAGACCUGAAGGCCAUUGACAAUCUUCUACGAUGUCCGAUAUGCUACGAGUACAUGGAGGCGGUUGUGUCGUUACGGACAUGUCUGCACAGCUUUUGUUCAGUUUGUGUCCGUCGGUACCUUCGCAUGUAUCAGAAGGAUUGCCCCCAGUGUCAUCAAGGAGCAGUGGAGGCUGAUGUCAUCGCCAAUCGCUCGCUCGGCGAGUUCGUGAACAGGUUUCGCAACGUGCGUGGUCGUCUGCUAAGUGCCGUGCGCACCACGUCAGUCGCUGGACCGUCCUCAGCAUCCGCUGUCUCCACUGAAGUGAAGCGCACAGAGCAACCAGUGGCUAGUCGCCGCCCUGCUUCUGUUAAAACCCUACGGAGCCCGGAAGCAACUCGCGCGCCACUCCCUGGUGUGAGGAGUAAAAUUGCGUCUAACCGACCGAGCGAUGAUAUUCCCUGCUCGUAUAUGUUUUCAGAGCCCUGGGAAGGUGCAGGCAAUGCCGCUGUUCAACACGACGGUCACGUGGAUGCUUUGCCAGAGCCAUCUGAUAAAUCUGAUAAAGUGCAGUCCACUGCCAGUGGAUAUCAGUCACACGAUGGACAUAAUGUAUCCGUAUUGAGCGAUAGCCAGGAAGCAGCAGCCGUCCCUGAACCUCCCAUGUCGAUGCCCGACACUCAGCAAAUUGUGAAUGGUUACGGCAACUUUACCGCUGGGUCAAGUCAUAUUCACAGAGAUGUGGCAGCAGUGACUUCUGUUGUUAGCGACGCACCCCUUGUGGUGUCUUCAUCGGAGUCCGCUGUUAGUAGUGCAUCGACUGUUGAUGUCGUCUGUGCAGUUCCUGCACCUGGUGGUCCCGAUUCAUCAGAGCGAGUGAAGUGUCCGGUGUGCGCUGUCCUGGUGCCGAGUCGAAGUGUCAACUCACAUCUAGACCGGUGCCUGUCGCACGAGGGUCACAAGCCCAAGCUUACACUGGUCCCGGCAUCUACUGCACUGACCUUGUCCUUGCCGGCUCCAGCUCCCAUGAGCACAGGUCCUGUGAUUAUCAGCGACUCCAAGCCAGCUGCAGCAUCAUCAGCGGCGGCAGCUAUCCACAAAACAACUGCUAGUAGUACUUCAACAACAACUGCUGUCAGCCGCAAAUCCAUGCCACGCUUGGUCUACACUCUGCUGUCUGACAAGCAGCUGCGCAAGCACCUGAGGGACUGCAGCUUGCCAACACAUGGAUCAAAGCAGGCUAUGGUGAAACGGCACCAGGAAUUUGUCCUCCGCUACAAUGCUGAAGCAGAUUCAAGCAAUCCCAGAUCAGGCGUGGAAAUAGCCAAGGCCAUCGACGAAGAAGAAAGAGCUCGUGCGGCCGGUUCUGCACCGUUGUCCCGUGGCGUGACAUCCAUGAGCCAAAGACCGCUUCGCUUUGAGUCCAAUCAGUCCGUGGAUGAGAAGAACAAGUUGCGACAGGAGUAUGCUCAACACCAUCAGGGUCACUUUGAUCAUCUCAUCGACGAGGUCAGGCAGCGACGGCAGGGUGGCACGGGAGCUGCUGCUGCCCCGGUUGGUCCAGUUGCCGAGGCGAUCACCCCUUCCAGGAAUGCUAGCCGCUCUCCAGCUCAGCGUGUUCGGUCUUCACCGCGACAUGGAAAGGCGCGGCCAUCACCACGUGUACAACUACCGGCCAAACGUCGGCAGCGCUCAACGCGCAAGAAGACACUGGCGCUCAGUGAUGAGGAAGAGGCGCCGAUGGCGUCGAGUACCGAUACUGAUGUCGAUCCGCAGGACUUCUUGCAAACCGGCUACUCGUCUCAGAACCGCCGCAGCACACGUAGACGUGCCGUGCGCCAGUCGUACAUUGAAGCACCGUCAUCCGACGAUGACAAUGUCCGGCGGUUGGAUGACAAUGCCGCAGAUAAGCAGACAACGCACCUGGAAGAAUCCGAAGUCACUGUUCAGGAUCUUGUCUCCGACAAUGCCGGUAUUGGCCGAGGGGGCAGGAAGAACAAGCGCAAGCGCUCAGGCAACCAGUCGUUCACCAAGCAGGUUAUCUCUGAUGACGACUUUGAGCAAACGAGAAGUGGAUCAUCGCAUGAGUUUGAUUCAACGUUGUCAUCCCCGCAGCUGAAGAAGCGUCGCUCGACCAGGUCCAAGCAUGCUCCAUCUGCAGUAUCACCACUCACACAUGAAAGCAGAGGCGCUCUGUGCCAAGAAAUGCAGUCACGUGCCUUCAUGAUGGAGAGUGAUAGCGACGGAGUUUGUGCCGAAAACGAGCAACAAUCUGCAGCCAAGACUGGAUGUAGCAAGACCGAGCGACAGUGCAAUGAUAUCGGAUCUCCUACUCCAGCUGGUGUUGUGCAGCUGCAGCAGCGGCAGCAUAAGCACCACCGUCGGCAGCAGCAGGAUGAUGGUUCUGAGUGUACUGCGAGCGACGCUACGGCCGAAUACACCUGCAGUGAGGUGGAAGAAGAGUAUACUGGCGUUCCGAUCACCACAAACACGAGUGCGACACAUGGGGGUAUUGAUGACUCAGGCGAAGAUGGCCAAGACUUGGGGAGUGGCUCUGCCAGGGCAAUGGACUGUACUUGGGAAACACAAUGCAAUUCAAUGCCAGUACUGGAGAGUGCCACUGGCAGUGCGACAGGGACAGUGCUGGAUUCAACCGCAUGCAAUGGUGCUGAUGUUAGAAACAGCAGUGCACAGGGGAACACCCUGGAUCAGGAGAGCGGUGCCGUGGACGAAUUCAGCCAGUGCGACUCGCAGCCAUUGCUUGCAGCCGCCACUGCUGCAUCGGAGUCGGGCUGCGCUGCCAGCACCACCAGCAAUACCAGUGUCUCAGACGUAGAUCAGGGUGUGUUCUUUGGCAAUGCCGUCCAACCGCCAUUACUACCACCCCAAUCACUGAUCAAUGGUGUCGAUGCUGAUGACUGUGCACAAGCAUCAUUUGAUGAUGACAAUGCUGAGACACAGUUCCCCGGUGCCUCUACACCAGAUUCAAGUGGUGUUUUCGUCACUGCGCCUGCACCACGAACAUCCGCUGACAUCUCACCUCAAAUUCUGGCUGAGGAGACGCAAAUGGAUUAUUCUCCACCACAGAAACCCACGAGUCGUGUGUCAACCACAUCUAUGCUACACUCUCCCAAUGGAACAGCACUGCACGCUACAUGCAUCGAGGAGACACAGGGCUUCAGCUCGCCGGAGAAGCCACCACCAAUACCACCUGCUGCAGCUGUUGCUGCAUCAGGUAGGAGUCUUCGCUCACGCCGAUGAUCUACACUGCACGUGAUUUAUUAACAAAAAAAGCCUUGCCAAAGAGAGCCUUGCAUCGUAGCUGGGCAGGGAACUAUUUCUUUUUAUCCAUGGAUGUGUGUACGUUGUGUUCAUUUUUUUAUAGUUUUCUAUCUGGUCUGCCUUUCGUAGUUUGAAAUUCUUCCAAGGAUUAGGGAAAAUUAUUGUUACUACAUGCAAUUUUAAUCUGAUGCUGGUUUAUCUAGUGAUUACAACGCCACAUUCUCAGUAUGAAGUAGUUUGUAGUUUGAAAUUCUUUCCAAGAUUUGGGAAAAUUAUUGUUACUACUUGUACAUGCAAUUUUGAUCUGGUGCUGGUUUGAUUUCAACGCCACAAUCUCAGUAUGAUCUCAGUACGAGCCUAGAAGCGCUAACAUUUGUUGAGCAGUGCCAAAUUAUAGCAGCGCCAUAAUUAUAUAUGGGCAGGGAUAUAAAAAGGAUUGCUACUAAUUAUUUGUCAGUGUGGCACAUCAAAAUCAAGAUACACACACACAGUAAAUGCCUCAACAACAGUAGCACGAGAAAUAGCACUAGAAUAGGUUCCAUUGCAAGCAAAAUGGCACUUGCAAUCCCUAUUCACAUACAGUAUAUGGUCUGAUGAAUAGGUCCGGUAAAGUAGUUGCUUUCAAAGCUGUCUAUAUUGUUGCAUGGUCGAUAGGCCGGUUUGAUUAUAAAUUAUAUAAUGCAGCAGGCAAAGUGAUGGAAACCAGAUUGAACGUGCCAUGUUGCAAGCAAUCUCUCUCCCCCUUGCAGGCACGUAUUAAGUGUGAAUAAAAUUCAAGGUAGCCUGGCCAAACGAGGUCAAUGCAAGAUGCUACAGGGGGAAGGAGGGAGGAGAGGUGUGUGGCUAAUUCAAAUCUGGAACCCUGUUCCUCAAGUAAAUAAUGUAUCCUAAGGAUAAUGCUUAUGCCAGUUUGUCGGAAUAGCCCGUCAAUACUAUCGACAUGAUCAAUUUCUAGUUUGAAUAC